AGUCACAGACUAGUAAUCUGUGGUUCAGUUAUCUACUUAUCUAUUGUUCAGUUGUGUUUUCAUUCAUCUUGUACAGUGCGACAAUAUCGAAAGUGAAUGGUUGUUUUUUCGAGUAAUUUUUCAAUUGCAAUAAUCUUCAACAAACUAAAACAAUGGAAUCGUGUAAUAAAUCUAUCAUCGAUUCAGGGAAGCUGAGUACAUCCAGGUUAGGCUACUGCGAAAUUUGCCACUCGUCUGAAGCAAAAUAUGUUUGUCCAGGCUGUGAAUGCAGAUCAUGUUGUCUGAAAUGUAUACAAAUUCAUAAAGAACAGUUUCAAUGUAAUGGAGAAAGGGAUCAAACAAAAUAUGUGUCUUUCAAAAAUAAGGAUAUAAAUAAUGAUCUUGUAUUGUCAAGUGACAUUUGUCUGAUGGAAGAAAUUACUAGGAAGAGAGAAUCCCUCUAUAAAGCUGCAAGGCAAUCAAAAGGAUUACAUCCAAAUAGAAGAAAAUUGGAACUUGCAGCAGCCGCUAGAAAAAUUAAAUUAAGAUUUUAUCCUUCUCUUUUCAAAAGUCACAAAAAUAAUUCAUCUCAUUUCGACUCGCAACAAAACUUGAUUUAUUGGCAUAUAGAUUGGUACUUUAUGAAUGCAGAUAAUUUGAAACUUUCUAACAUGAAGGUGUCUGAAAUUCAGAAAUUGUCAUCUAUAAUGAGGCAACAUUUGGAAACAAAUAAUGAAAAUUUGAAAAAAAAAUUAUUAUUUUACAAAGCAGCUAGUUUUUCAAACAUUAAAGUACUACUCAGGGCUGAAAACAAAGCAGGAAAAAAAUUUUAUGAAGUAAAUCUUAGUGACAAUCUGAGGGAGUGCCUCAAAAAUAAAACAAUCAUUGAGUACCCAGUAUUUCAUGUAAUUUUGGCUGACCAUAAAUUUGGAUUUGAUAUAAUUGAUUCAGAUUGUGAAGAGGAUAUUGGAAAUAAUGGAGAAAACUUUAUAAAUACUCUUGUUAAAAACAAUGAAAGUGAAGUUCGUGAUAAAUAUAUUGAUCUGUUAGGAUUACAAAAUUCAGAGGAACCAUUAAAUAUUGAUCAAAACUAAUACCUUUGUAUUCUU